AUGGGCCCAACAAAACUGGCAUCAUUUCUUGCAAAAACAUUUCAUGAUAAUCGAGCAGAAUAUCUCAAAUCCAUUCCAAGUGAUGUAAGUUUAGUGGCUCGACAAUUGGCUGAAAAAAUGGCAGAAGAAUAUCGAUCUGAAAUUGAUGAAUCUGCAGUAUUAUCUGUGGAGGAAAUCAACAAAUCUCUCGAUUUUUUAGCAACCGGCAAUUCUAUGGAUGAUCAAAAAAGUUAGUUUUUGAUGGUUUUUUUUGAGUAACUUAUGUAAAAAGAGUAUUUUGUUCAGAACGUGAUAUGAUGGAAGAAUUGAUUAAGAAAUGUUCGGAAGACGAACUCGAAUGGAUAUUCAACAUAAUUCUCAAAAAUGUUGAAACAUCCUUGGGAACAUUUUCGAAUAAACUAUUGGAUUGGAUUUCAUCAAAUGCUCAUACAAUUUGGCAACAAUCACAUGAUUUUAAUGAUGUUUUGGCUGGAAAAAUAAGUGGAAAAAAUGAGAAAGAAAGUAUGAAACAAUUCGAAAAUGAAGAUCAAGAUGAAGAUGAAAUUGAGGAUGAACAUUUAUUUAAAAUCUGGACUCCGAUGUUGUUAUCGAAACAGAAAAGAGGAGAUUGGUAUUCAAAUGUAAGAAAUAAAGAAAGCUAUGGAUCCAAUUAACCAUAGUUGUCUUCUUUUCAGAUCAAAAAAUAUGGUGGUUCAAAAUUCUUCCUCCAAAUCAAAUUCGACGGCGAAAAUGUGCUUCUUCACAAAAAAGGCAACAAAUAUCGUUGGUUUUCUCGAAACAACAAUGAUUUUUCGAAAGAAUAUGGAGAUUGUUCGACUGAAAUUGGAAAAUUAUCAAGUAGAAUUCAUUCGUAUUUUAAAAAAGAUUGUGAAUCGGCGAUUUUCAAUUGUGAAUUGAUGUUGUGGGAUAAGAAAACUAAAAAAUUAUGUAAGUUUGGAGGAAGGGGGGUUUGAAAAUUAAUACAAAAUUUAGCUUUUGUAACUCAAUUUUUGAACCAACUCUGAUAUAUGCUCCAAAGUUUCCAACCAACUCCUAAAAAUGUUUUUUUAGGUCGGCAUAAUGACGCAAGUUCAACAAGUGAUUCGAAUGUUCUAUCAUUUCGACAUAUAAAACCAGAUGAUAAUCAACAACUUAGUUAGUUCCAAUUUAAUUUUUUUCAAAAAACUUAAAAAAUCUAAUAUUUUCAGCUGUGGUUCUUUUCGAUAUUCUUUAUUUGAAUGGAAACCCAUUAUUCGGAGCACCUUUGCAUCAAAGAUUGGAGUUAUUGAAACUCGCGACCCUCCGAAAAUCGACUGAAGAGAAUAUUUUUGUUGCUGAACAUCAAUUAGCAUCAACAAAGUGAGUCUUGUUUACAAAAAAUAAUAUCAAAAUUAAUUUCAGACCAGAAAUCAUGGAAUAUUUUGAGAAUGCGAUGAAAAAUAAUGAGGAAGGAAUUGUUGUUAAACGAUUUGAUAGUCAAUAUUUCAAAGGGCAAAGAAAUAUAUCGAAUGGAUGGUUUAAAUUGAAACCAUCGGCAUCGAAAGAUUGUGAUUUGGAUUUGGCAUUGGUGGCAAUUUAUCCGAGAGGUGGAAGAUAUGAGAAAACGCUUUAUCGAUUUGCGGCGAAAGAAAAUGGUAGGUGAAAAAGAACUUGCCUAGCAACCUGUGACAUAUUUGGAGAUUUUUACUGCCGAAGUUCAAAACCCAUAAACCUUUUCAGGUUCUGACAAAUAUCGAAUGUGUAUUGGAAUAUCUUAUGGAUUAUCAGAUGCGAUUCGAGAAGAAAUUCGAUUAUCAUGUGGACAAUUAUUGAGAGAAGCACCGGCUGAAUUAUUAGAUCGAUUUGGAAGAACUCCGUAUAAAAUUGCACCAGAAAAUGGGGGAUAUGUUGAUUUUGAAAGAUGGCAGGUAAAUGUAUUGGGGUUUUCAGAAUUAAAAGAGGAAUUGGAGAAAAAAUCUAGAGCAAAUCGGAAAUCCGAUACACAAAUUUCGGAAAUCUUCUAGGCUUGGUUUUCAGGCCCGAUAACAGGUCUAGCCCACUCCCAACAUAUUCAGAAUUCUGAGCAAACCAUGUUCAUUUGAAAGAGCAUUUUCUAAAUAGUCCUUGAAGGAUUUUUCUGGAAGCUUCUCAAACAUUAGUUCAAAUUGUCACCGUGUAAAAUGGCUUGAAAGUCGAGAUGUACAGUAGUUUGGAGCUAUGUUUCUUUGUCAAUUCCGGAAAUUUCUUAAGGGAUUUUUCAAACCAGGAGACGAACUUUUGAAUUGAAACUAAUUCAAAUAUAUCGAUUUUUAUGUCAGACUCCACUUUUAAUUAUGUUAUUUUCCUUCAGGUUGUGAAAAUCAAUUCAAACGGAGUUCGAAAUGGAAAAUUGGUGGAUCCCGUCAUGAGAGAAUUAAGAAUGGAUAAAUCGAUUGAAGAAUGUGACACUUUUGAAGAUUUUGUUGAUUAUUCCAGUGUUCGUUUUUCCUCUUCUGCGCUCAUUUUUUUUAUUUUUCCAUGAUUUUUUUUUCCAGAAAGUAUUGGAUUGUAAAUUAUCUGACGAGCAAUUCGAAGAUUUGGAAGAAAUUGACGAGAAACCGAUAAUUGAUAAAAGAUUGACUCGAAAAACGAUGCAACAAUCAGCUUGUUUGCCUGUGAAAUCGAAAAGAAUGAAAAAGGAAUCGAAAUUGUCGGGAAUUGAAGUUGCUGUUUUACAAGGAACUUCGGAAAAAUUGAGGAAAAAGUGUGAAGAGAUUUUGUUGCAUUUUGAUGCGAAAGUUGUCAAAAAUAUUAGUGAGUUUUUUUGGGGAAUAUCUCUGAGGGAUUUUUUAUUGAUUGAUAAACAUCAAGAGAUAAAAAAUAAUUUUUCUGGUUAAUGACGUGGCAAAAGUUCUGGGCUGAGAUUUCUGUGAUUAAAAAAUUCCUAGUUCACCUAAUUGUUUCGAUUAAGUGUGGGCUGAAAAAGUUUUUUUGAAAUAGGACAUUUCACAAUAUUUGAAAACUUUGAGAAUUUUCAUACGAAAUUUUAAAUUGAACACAAAAACCACGUGGUUUUUUUAAAAUGUAUUCCACGUCAUAGCGUUUUUUCUCAAAGUCCUGAUCCUAUUCCUUUUUCCAGCUCCGAAUACCAAAUUAAUAAUUGCAACUGCUCCAAAACCAACAUAUCCAAAAACAGCUCAAGCAAUCAAACAAGAUCAAUGUUCAAUUAUAAGCUCAAAAUGGAUUGAAAGAUGCGAUUCAGAAGAUGAAUUAUUCCCCUGGAAUUCUGAUGAAAUUCUUCACAAUUCUGUAAAUAAUAUAAUCGAAAUGUGA